AUGUCUCGAGUAGUCACCGAAAUCGUCAACAUAACCUUCAACCCGGGCACUGAAGUCGACAAGCCCAUGGCACGCCUAAUCGAGAUCUUAUCGCAACAGGAAGGCCUCCGCCGCUUAAAAUGGGGUCGGUGGGAGGAGGACGCGAAUAAAGUCCAGAUGAUGAUCAAUUGGGAUGAUAUAUCCUCUCACUACAAAUUCAUGGAAGGCUCCGCGUACCCGGGCCUCCUUGCGACCCUGGACGGCCUCCUUGCCGAUGCUCCGGCACUUUUCCAUGUUCAUUUCGAUGAGAAAGCCAUUAAUAGGAUUUUAGAUGAUCCUGUUGUUGAGCUUGCGACGCUCCAUGGCAUCACCGAGGGCUUUGAGGAGGCUAUUGAUAGGACUCUCGCUGCUGGGGGUGAGUCGGAGGGGUGUCUGCGGUAUACUCGUGGCGAUGUAGUCGAGGAGAUUUCUCCUAGUGAAGCAGUGCCCAAGGGAAAGGCUCAUUAUGCGGCUAUUUCAUGGACUUCGGUGCAGGCGCGGAUGGAUGCCACGACCAAGAAGGAGGUGCAGGAAAGUGGACAGGCAGUUGUCAGCAAGGUUGGAGGCUAUGAAGUACAUCAUGUCAAGUUUCAGUAA